AUGGGUGGGCCAGAUUGGUGCCGGACCUGUCAAGGAACUGUUUGCAUCCCCAGUGAUAAGAGAGAGAGAGAGAGAGAAAAUCCAUUCCCUUUUCAGCCUAAUGGCUAUGCAGGGCUAUGCGCUAUACUCUUUAUGUACUGUACAAUAGAAAAGUUUGAUCUCGAGGCUCAUAUAUGGGUGCAGGUCAGGCCUGCUAUAACAAAAAUUUGUGUCACACAGCAUUCUCACAAGCAUUCUCGCAAUCUGGGGUGUUGGGAGUCGUUCCUGAUCUUCGUAGAUUAUAACCACCGUGUUUCCGAGCGCGUAAGUUGCCUCGAUCGCAUGCUUCUUCACCGUCCGCAGUGCGAGAGGGUGGCGGAGGCCGUGGGCCGUGGGACGAGGAUUAGAGGCGAAGGGGAGGUGUCGGCGGAUGGAGGACUGACAAAUUGGCUCCUGGAGGCAUUGUACUGUCGACCGAUAGUGAAGAUGGUCAAGAGGCGUCAAUAUCUAUUCGUGGAACGUGGGAAGGGGAGCUCUCUUGCGUAUGGCAGAAAGCUCGACCAACUACUCAGGUCAACGCGGCACUCGUGUCGGUCCUUAGGGACCAUAUGCCUAGUUCAGCGACCUCCAACCAGUCUCGCAAGCGUCAGUAUCCUGAGCCCCAUCCAUCCGACAGGUCGCGAUUUCGGAAAAGGCAGAACCCAGUAUCCUAAACCGGAAAACUUCCUCGAAAAGGCAAUGAGCUCAAGGUCUCGGAGUAGAAAGCGACGCGCAGGUUCUCCAUCAACAGGCGCAGAUACGAGGGAUACCACCAAGUCCACGAGCACUACACCCUAUAAUCGUAACUUCCAGCAGAAUCUGAUUGACCAUGGCGUUUACCCUGACGGAUAUGAAUAUCCCGAUGGUCGAAUACCAGCAAUGCCAAAUAACUGGAAGGAGAUCAAUGAAACAUUAGCUCGACCCCGACCCUCCCUUUCCCCAUCGAAGUUCUCUGAUGAACAUUUCCGGAAAUUCAAACGAGCAGAUACCCACGCAUCUAAAGAACAACCGGUCACAACGUCAGUGAUUCCUAUCAUCGAAGGUGAUGUUGAUGAUCCCAAAUGCGCCGGAGGGGGAUAUCCUCUUGGAAAUCUUGCCCCCUUAACUGAUGGUACACUGGCUCAGGCCAAGCCAGAUCACUUCUACGGUGCGCGUCCUGAACAGCUUGAUCGUCAAAUCCGCAGCGAACUUAGCGACCAUAUCAUUCCCGCAACACAGGAUGAUCUUCCAAUGGUUCCAAAUUUCUUUUUGGAAGCAAAAGGCCCUGAUGGAUCCUUGGCUGUGGCUACACGGCAGGCAUGUUAUGACGGCGCACUAGGAGCUCGGGGAAUGCACGCUCUCCAGUCAUACCAACAAGACGGAUCAACUUACGACAAUAAUGCUUACACUCUUACGUCGACUUAUCAUGGCAGUACACUCAAGCUAUACACAACUCAUCUCAUCAAGCCCGAAGGCCCAGGCCGUCGCCCUGAAUAUAUUAUGACCCAACUCAAUACUUGGGGCAUGACUGGGAACCUGGAAACGUUUCGGCAAGGAGCAUGUGCAUAUCGAAAUGCUCGAGACUGGGCAAAGGAAAAGAGGGACGAAUUUAUAAGGACAACAAAUGAAAGGCACUUAGAGGCUCAAUCUCAACUUCUCCAUUCUACCUCUCGGUGCCAGAUAGCUUCCGAGGCAGCCCUUACCUUGGACGGCUCUGAUGUAUCGACAUUAUCUGACGAAACAGAGUACCAAGACGCGCAAUGGAGCUUCGCGGAUACAACCGAAGAAGGCGGAAGAGAUUCUCAUAUUCUUAGCAGACAUGCCAAGAAGCAGAGAGUUGGCUCCAUUGUUCAAGGUGAUGCAGCGGAUACUUUCCGGGUCGCUGAGAUUUGCUUUGUGAACAAGGUCGAGUCGGUAUCAAGCACCGCGCACAAGAAUCGAGCACGACCGCUUUUUGCUCCUGAAAGCAUGUCAGAGGACCCGGUGCGGAGCCAAUGUGCUCCUCUACUGCUUGAUCUUCUUCUUGGGGGGGAAGAAUCCUCGUGGGGAGCGUCCUCAGGCAGCAUCGUUCGCUUCGGUCGUCCUCGCAGGGGACCCACCUUCGAGGAAGUCGUCUCACCGCCUCCACCCCCUCAUUGCGUCGCCGCCACUCGUCUUCCAGAGCAUCCGAGGUGGGCCAAAUCAGAAGCUUCACCAGGAGAUGGAUCUGUGCCGGUGGCAGCUCGAAUUCCGUCCGUUUCAUGGGUAGGUGGGCAGGGAGAGUGGCUGUCAAGAUGGGAGGAUGUCGCGCACUUAAAACUCGAUAAAAAAGGGCACGUCGGAAUUCUAGGAGCCGGAGAACGGCAAAGGCGGUAUUUUUGGAAGCCAAAUCGACCGCAUGUGUUCCGUUAUGGAUGCUCUCGUGAAUUCAUAACAGUGCUCAAGCCAAGUUUGCCAGUCCCAGUCAAUCCAUUCAUGGAAAUUCGCAUGACGGCCCCAACCCUGAUCCCAUCGCAGCAAUGGGGAUAUGGGAACACCAGGAAGGUAUUUGGCUUUCCACUCGGCAGGGCUGUUUGA